UUUUUCGUAUCUUGUGUUUUGGAAGAUGGAUUUGAAGAAUCACAGUCUUUUGAAGUUUGUAAGGAGGAAAAGUGUACUGUCGAGGGCCACAUCUAUAUCCUCCCCUAGCCUUGGUCCUUUCGAGGCGGUGACGGGGGGCGAAAUGGUAUCCCGGCGGCGUAUCCUGUCGCGUUCGCGCGACGACCUCACACAGGCCAUCUCCAACCAGAUAGAGGAGGAAGAAGACGUGUGGUACCAGAAGGACAAACUUUAUAAGGAACACAUACAGGAAGUGCUAGACAAAUGGACCCAGAUCGACGACGAGAUCUGGGCGAAGGUGAUAGUGUUCGAGCGCAAUCGGCGCGUGGCUAAGGCUUAUGCGCGCGCGCCGGUGCUGACCAUCAACGGGUCGGACGACGGCUUUGAUGGGAUGAGAAUCGGCCUUUGCGGGUUCGACAAUCCUCACAGAGACCAGAAGACGGAAGAAUUAAAAAGACAUAUAGGACAGGGAGUAAAAAUCAAAAUGGACGACGCGGGUAACAUACUCAUCAGACGCUAUUCGAAGAGUAGUGUGUUCGUGAAGAGUACUGCGGCCACCACCAACGAGGAGACUGCCAUUGGCCAGGAUAUAAUCAAGCUGCCGGGGUAUGCGCUUGAACAGGAGAAGAUAUUCAAGCUAUUCGACAUGAAGAGAUUCCAAUCGAACGUGAAUCGGGAGCUGCGUCGCUCCUAUCCGGACCGUCGACGGCUUGAAACACAGUGUCUCAGCGCCAUCGGCUUCGUCAAGUCUGAGAGCGACUUACUGGAGUGCCCUAUCUGGGUGCUUAUCAUCAAUGUCGUGGCUAUGGAUAUGCUGAAAUCUAAGCUGCCACCAGUCCAACGCCCCAUGGACAUCAAGAACCGUCCACGCAUCCCGAUCCCCGACGAGGACCCCUACAGCAUCGCCAGCUCCAACGCCAACUCCGGGUCCUCAGGGAGCUCGGGCUACGGGCUGAACGGCCACGGCGUGGUGGCGGCCACCAGGGAACAGCUGAUGAUGCAGAUGGGACAGAGAAGGGGGGACAAGCCCCCGAAACUGCCGCCGAGGGAGAAUGGAUACGGGCCUGCUGAUAUUCCCAAGCCCGAUUACGAUGACAUAGAGGACGGCCGCCUGCCGCAGCUCGCUCGCGGCAAGUCCGACAAGGGGAAAGACAACAAAAAAUACGAUGACCCGUACUACUGCGGCCUGCGCGCCCGCGUGCCGAACUUCGUUAAAACCAACGCCAAGCACAUCCUCCCAGCCAUGACCGAGCGCCUCACACUCAAAGACGCCCCAGUCCCAAGCAAGCGCUUCAGCGUAGCCCAUGCGCACCCCGCCUUCCCGCCGCAUAUGGCCCCGUUCGCUCAUGCCCCCAUGCCACCCCAAGCUCUAUGGCAUGCCCGUUCUUACGAAAGCGGAAUCGGUGCGUACGGUCCGAGGAAAGAGAAACUCAUGUACCAAUUCUAUCCCGACAGGGAGCGCCGGCUGCGACCGCUCGUCAUCCAACAACCCCGCUAGUGUACAUAAUGACUAACCCGCACUUUGAAGGCUCUUCGCUCCAAUCUUGAUGGAGAGCAUUAUGACCCUUAUGCGCUGUACGGCCGUCUGCCCAUGCCUGGCCGCGGCUUCCCUCCCCCUCCGCCGGCGCACGCGCGUCACAUGUUCAUCGGAGAGUGGGACUAAAAUGCACUUUAACCCCUACACAGUAGAGACAUAUUAGCUUGUAUUUAUAGUUUAUGUGGCAAUUGUUGUAUAAAACAUAAUUUAGCCGAAUAAACUAUAGCCACCUGAUUGUUAGUCGAUUAAUAAUGUAACUGUAAGGAGUAGGUAUUGUCACAUUGAUGUAGUUGAAGGAUAUGUGUGGCAAAUAUAAGUUUUUAUAUUUAUUUUGUGGAUAGGAAUGCUUUAUAUCAAUGUGACUGUAUCUUUGAUGUGGAUCUAGAUGAACGUUUUUUUUGUAAAUAUUUACUUUGUUGUAUAUUUGUUUGUACAGUAGCGUAAUCUGUAUUUUAGAUUUUUUGUAUUCUGUUGCGUUUUUUGUUUGGACAAAUAUGCGUCCAUGGCUUUAGUUAUGUUUAUACAUUUUGAAAUUUUUUAUUCGAUUUUAUGUAUUAUCCAUUUUGGAAAUAAGCUAGAAUGUAUCUAGAGUAAUAGUUAACAAGUAGAUGUUGACAGAAUAUUUUCUGAUACAUUUAAUUUAAACUACCUAGUUACUAAAAUAAUGUAACAAAUCACUGCCACUUGAUUUUACAUUUCUAUAUUAUCUUAUGAAAUGUUUUAUAUUUAUUAAUUAGGUGUCAAUCCUAGUCAAAAACUGGGUUGGGAAAAAUGAAAAUGAACACAGGCGAAACAUAUGAAACAUGGUGUUUUUCAAUAUUAUGACUAAACUAAGGGCACUAAUGCAUAUAUUAUAAUAACUUGAAAAGUUUACCGUAAAUCGAGGUUACAAAAUAGUCCAUACGCAAGUGAUAAUUACCAAUUAUACCUAUAAAUACAUAACUUAUGCCCAAACGGGAAAACAUUAUUUUUUUCUAAUUUACUGUAUAAACAUGAAACUCUCCCCACAAAAUGCAAAGUAACCCCGGUCUACAGUACCUACUAUUUCGUUUAAAUAAUUUUGUAUUGUCUUUUGUAAAUAAUUUUCUUAUAAUAUUUCAGUUAGCAAUAAUAUUCCGUACUUAAAUAUUAUUUUAACACCCUUAUACGUUCUCCGAGUUUUCUUAAGUUUUCGCCAAUACUCAAUAUAAUCUUAUAUUAAAUACCAACUUAGUUUUACGUAUUGAAUUACUCGUUCGAUAUAAUUUAUUGUAAGUUUUAAGCAGUGUAUGGUUGGUUAUGUUUUAAACUAUUGUUAGAAAGAAGAAAGAGCGCGUACCUAGACAAUGUAAAUCCUACCUUAUGGAACAUAAUUUUAAAUUGGUAAGUAAGCAUUAUUGUGUUCAAUGAAACAUAAAAAUUGCAGUCAGCGCCUGGACUAUACUGACAUCCUAAAACCAGACGUUUUCAUUAUGAUGUUGCUCUGGCGCUUAAAAUUACUGUAGAUUAAGUUUUCAUAAUUUUGUAUCCAAUAUUUUAAGAUAAUAUUAGAAAGUUUAAAACUGGCUAUAUGUACGUUUCGUAUAAAAAAUCUAUUUGUACAUUGUAUUUAGACCGUAUAGCUAUUUUAAACUGACAUUUGUACAUUGAAAAUAAAAGUUGCAGGUGCUACUCUGGUUACCAUUUUGUAUCUUAUGUAUUAUUGUAGAUAAUUAAAUAAAGAUACUCCUUCUGAUAUGUCACAAAAGACGAAUGCAUUUUUCCCGCGUACGAUAGAUGGAAAUGUUUAACAAACUCGAAUUUGUAGUAUAAUAAUAUCAACAUCCGAAUUAUAUAAUGUUAAAGAGGGUGUUGGUUUGAGUAACCUACUUAUGUAUCGAUAAAUAAACAAUUAUUUUUAAA